GAUAAUGUAGGUGUCGCUGAAGCCACUUGCCACAAAAAUACGUCAUAAACGCAAAGUUAAUAUAAAUUAAGUAUUAAAUAUCGAAACAAAAGGGAAUUGUACUCGAUAUGCGUAUUACGAGUAUACUUUUGUACAGAGUUCAUAAUAUUCCAUAUAGAUUUCGUGGGAAAUACGGUAUACGUAAGAAACCAACAUUGAGAGAUAUCGUUCAAUUCAAAAAGGAUCUUGAAAGGGAAGAAGCUAAUAUGUUGAUAUUAAGGCAUCCUUAUCUUACUACGGAGCAAUCAAACGGUCAUAUGAGCCAUCUUAGGGAACAGAAGAUUGCAAAUCUGAUGACAAAAUUCAGAGAAGAUAUGAAUGCGAAAUUUAACAGAAAAAUCACUAUCAUGGAUCGGUUAGGUCAUUUGAAAGUAGCCGAAUCUUGGGAUUAAUAUUUAUUUUCUAAUUAGUUAUAAUUUGUUUGCUAUUUUGUUAAAAGCAAAGAAUUGCGUUAAAUAAAAAUGUAUGACGUAUCUACAAUAUAAUUGUACAAAAGCUAAA